AUGCCGGCUAAUCCAAAGACACGUGCGACCUCACACUGGGCCUGGCUACAGCCCUGGCCUGGCUACAUUCUCACCAGCCAUCACACAAUCAUAUCUCCCCUCAUACGUCGGGACGCACCCGGCCACGUAUGGGGUCUGUCAACACGCCGGCUAAUCCAAAGACGCGUGCGACCUCACACUGGGCCUGGCUACAUUCUCACCAGCCCUGGCCUGGCUACAUUCUCACCAGCCAUUAUACUGUCACUUGGGCCUCAACAUAAUCACAAUAUGGGGGGUACGUGGGGUAGUGCGUAUAGCACUGUAAACUAA